AUGCCUCGCCCAAUUGUUAUUUCGGGUCCAAGUGGUACUGGGAAAUCCACUCUUUUGAAAAAGCUGCUUGCUGAAUACCCUGACACGUUUGGGUUCAGCGUGUCGUCCACGACUAGAUCUCCAAGAGCCGGAGAAGUCGAUGGUAAGGAUUACAAUUUCGCCACGGUCGACCAAUUCAAAAAAAUGAUUGAGGAGAACAAGUUCAUUGAGUGGGCUCAAUUUUCGGGCAAUUACUACGGUACCACCGUUGACUCAGUUAAGCAAGUUACAUCUUCCGGGAAAACUUGUAUCUUGGAUAUCGAUAUGCAAGGUGUCAUAGCGGUAAAGAAGAGCGACUUGAACGCAAGAUUUCUGUUUGUUGCGCCCCCAUCUGUGGACGAUCUAAGGAAAAGAUUGGAAGGCAGAGGUACAGAAACUGCCGAAUCCUUACAGAAGAGACUGGAUGCAGCCAAGGCGGAAUUGGAAUACGCCCAGACUGGUGCUCAUGACAAAACUGUUGUGAACGACGAUUUGGAAAAGGCGUAUAAAGAAUUGAAGGAGUUCAUCUUUGAGAAAUAA